GGGCCAGCCGGCGUUGGGAGGCGGGGAAAAGCGACGCAAGCAGCCGCGACGCCAUUUGCUGCAGCUGAGCGUGGGCGCAGGCGGAUCUCGGAAGAACUCGGUAGCAAGACUCUCCCGCGCACGCGAGCCGGCCUCUCUUACCUGCUUGGUACCGCGAGGUCCCACGCGUCGCCCCUGGGGCCCCUCCGAGGAGUCGCCGCUCCCGCCGCCGCAGCCAACCCCAGGAUAGAAGUCGGAAACGCCGGGAGGCUUCCGUCACCGCCAUGCCCAAGAAUAAAGGUAAAGGAGGUAAAAAUCGACGCAGAGGUAAGAAUGAGAAUGAAUCUGAAAAAAGAGAGCUGGUGUUCAAAGAAGAUGGACAAGAGUAUGCUCAAGUAAUCAAAAUGUUGGGAAAUGGACGAUUAGAAGCGAUGUGUUUUGAUGGUGUAAAGAGGUUAUGUCACAUCAGAGGGAAAUUGAGAAAAAAGGUUUGGAUAAAUACUUCAGACAUUAUAUUGGUUGGUCUCCGAGACUACCAGGAUAAUAAAGCCGAUGUAAUUUUAAAAUACAAUGCAGAUGAAGCUAGGAGUCUGAAGGCAUAUGGCGAGCUUCCAGAGCAUGCUAAAAUCAAUGAAACUGAUACAUUUGGUCCUGGAGAUGAUGAUGAAAUUCAGUUUGAUGACAUUGGAGAUGAUGAUGAAGACAUCGAUGAUAUCUAAAUUGAAUUCAACAUUUUACAUUCCAAUUUCUCUGAGGAUUGUUCCAACAAUUUGGAUUUUGGCUGUGACCUGUUAAAGAAGAUUAAAAUUUCAUUAGCAUGAGUGCAAUUUGUUAAAGCAGACUGAUUUGUUUCUAAGGUAUUUCUUUAACAACUGGUAAUCCUGAAUUCUCUUAAGUGAAAAGUUAAACCCCCUUUGUUCUUUUGAUGUAUUGGAGCUUAUGGGUAAAAGACCACAUCUAUUUUUAAAAAGAGGGGAGAAAUGCAUUACUAUCUUUCCUACUUUGACCCCUUCCCGUAAGUAAAUGAAUGUUCCGAAUAAACCAUUUGCCCUGCACUCAUUAUGGAUUAUGAUUAAGCCCUAACUUUGACUAGCCUG